GCGUAAAUUCUUCCUAUAAAAUUCUUUCUGUCUGUUGAUAUUUCUUUCGCUUCACAUGUUUAAAGCUAUGCACUUAAUCAGAUACCUAAGUUGUGUUAAACGAAAGAGAAUAAACUUGAACGACUUAUCUUCAAAAAUCACAUAUAUUACUAAAUGAUUUGAUGACUGUUUUUGCUGAGUCAACUGAACUUAGUUAUAUAAAAUGCAAGAAGUGUUGAUUUUUUAUUGUGAAUAGCACAUAUGUUAAUUGAAAUACGUCGUACUUAUAUGGAAAAUACUCUUGGUAUUUCAUAAUUUACUCAAACUGUCAUUUUUCAGAAAAAAACAUCUAUAGUAACUUUUUUCAUAAAAGUGUUAUCUGAUUGGUCAACUUUAUGAGCCAUUUUGCAGCCCAAGCGAAAAUUUGUUUUUCAAUUUUCUUUCAACCAUUUUGUAGAGCAGAAAAAACUGCACAGUAUAUGUCAAAUUUAGCCUGAGUAUCCACGAAAUGACUGAAUGACAGCUAAUAUAUUGCAAACAGUUGGCAUAUUUUUGUAAUAGAAAAUGACCAGUCAUUGACAGUAUUUGGCGAAUAAUUCUGGAUGAGUACAACUGAAGCAUAAUAUAUAAAUAGUCAGUUUUGUUCAGCUUUGAAAGCUCUAUCUUUUGGUAUAUUACAAUGAAGGUUUGGUUAAUAUUUUGUUAUCUAAAAGAACUCAACUUUAUAUCAACGAUUUUUGAUGAUAUUUUAAAAUUCAGCUCGUGAUUGUUCGAAAUUCGAUCCGGGCUAACUUUUCACAGCUCAAUGAAAUGCGCUAAAAAUUUUGAUUUAGAGGUUUUAGAUGAUGCUGAUUAAGAUAAGAAUAUCAAAUCAAAAAACAAAAUUUUGACGAGUGCUUCGAUUUCUGUAUGGGCUCAUGAGUGCUCUCUUAAACAAUCUUUUUGUUUCUUAUCUGAAUGUUAAUUUACAACAAAAUUAUCUACAUUAUUUCUUCUUAGAAAUGAUCGUUUUUCAUUGUCGAAUCAAAUUUUCUAAAAAAUAAAUAAUAUACGUCGUUGACAUGCUUUGCAACAUGCUAUUCUUUUAUUACCUGAUGAAAAUCGUCUUGUAUUGCAUUUACUUUUUAUCGUUUUUAUAUGAUGUUUCAAAACGUUUGAAAAGAAAUCACAUGAGUACAAUUAAUUUUUGCAACAUUUUUUGCUCAACAUCAUUGUAAUUUCAUAAUUGUGAUAGAGUUUUAUCAAAUGAUUCGUGAACCACAUAAACGGCUGAAUAUACUUGUUCAUUUAUGAUUGGUCAUAUUCGCUAAUUAUUUAUAGUUUCUAAUGAAUUAUAUCAAGCAUGUCAUUUGUGUUAUAUUGAAAUUAGGAAACCACAUACACUUAAAGAAUUAUCGCGUCACAUUCUAGACACAACAAUAAACACUCCAUUUAUAAAUAAAGUUCCUCAAUAUUUAUCAAAAGAACGUACAAUACAACAAGGUGACAAAGAAACAGGUACAAAAUCAGCAUCGAUUCCUAUUCAUUCAUUAUCAUCAUGA